AUGCAGAAGCAGCAUAAGCAGCAGCAGCAGAAGCAGCAGCAGCAGAACACAAAGCAACAUCAAAAGAAACAAACCAACGCCAGCAGCAGCAACAUAAGCAGCAGCUGCAGAAGCAGCAGCAGCACGGGCAGUAGCAGAACAAGCAGCGGAAGCAAAAGCACCAGCAGCAGCAUAAGCAGCAGCAGCAGCAGCAGCAGCAGCAUCGUAAGCAGCAGUUGCAGAAGCAGCAGCAGUACACGUAGUAGCAGAAUAAACAGCAGCAGCAGCAGCAUGAGCAGCAGCAGCAUAAGCAGCAGCAGAAGCUGCAGCAGCUCAAAGAGAAGCAGCAACAGCAGCACAGCGGCAGCAGGAGAGCUGAACAGUAGCAGCAGCAUAAGCCCCAGCAGCAGCCCCAGCAACAGCAGCCUCAGCAGCAGAACAAUCACCAGCAGCAGCAUCAGCAGCAGCAGCAUAAACAACAGCACCAGCGAAUAG